GGCCCUGGCCUGGCCUGGCCUGGCCUGGCCUGGCCUGGCCUGGCCUGGCCUGGCCUGGCCUGGCCUGGCCUGGCCUGGCCUGGCCUGGCCUGGCCUGGCCUGGCCUGGCCUGGCCUGGCCUGGCCUGGCCUGGCCUGGCCUGGCCUGGCCUGGCCUGGCCUGGCCUGGCCUGGCCUGGCCUGGCCUGGCCUGGCCUGGCCUGGCCUGGCCUGGCCUGGCCUGGCCUGGCCUGGCCUGGCCUGGCCUGGCCUGGCCUGGCCUGGCCUGGCCUGGCCUGGCCUGGCCUGGCCUGGCCUGGCCUGGCCUGGCCUGGCCUGGCCUGGCCUGGCCUGGCCUGGCCUGGCCUGGCCUGGCCUGGCCUGGCCUGGCCUGGCCUGGCCUGGCCUGGCCUGGCCUGGCCUGGCCUGGCCUGGCCUGGCCUGGCCUGGCCUGGCCUGGCCUGGCCUGGCCUGGCCUGGCCUGGCCUGGCCUGGCCUGGCCUGGCCUGGCCUGGCCUGGCCUGGCCUGGCCUGGCCUGGCCUGGCCUGGCCUGGCCUGGCCUGGCCUGGCCUGGCCUGGCCUGGCCUGGCCUGGCCUGGCCUGGCCCUGGCCUGGCCUGGCCUGGCCUGGCCUGGCCUGGCCUGGCCUGGCCCUGGCCUGGCCUGGCCCUGGCCUGGCCUGGCCUGGCCUGGCCUGGCCUGGCCUGGCCUGGCCUGGCCUGGCCUGGCCUGGCCUGGCCUGGCCUGGCCUGGCCUGGCCUGGCCUGGCCUGGCCUGGCCUGGCCUGGCCUGGCCUGGCCUGGCCUGGCCUGGCCUGGCCUGGCCUGGCCUGGCCUGGCCUGGCCUGGCCUGGCCUGGCCUGGCCUGGCCUGGCCUGGCCUGGCCUGGCCUGGCCUGGCCUGGCCUGGCCUAA